CAUUGCUACAAUCACUAGCCUAUCAAGCAUCUUUUAAUUGGAGCUAUGGCGUCUGCUGCACUGUUGGGCCUGGUCACUCUGGUCGUGGUGCUCGCAACCUGGCUGUGGACAGCGGCGAUGCACCACCUGGUGUGGCGUCCCUACGCCGUCGCGAAGUCGUUCCGCCGGCAGGGCAUCCGCGGGCCGGCGUACCGGUUCUUCGUCGGCAACAACGAGGAGUCCAAGGCGAUGCGUGUGGCGACGGCCAACGACGUGCUGAACAUCCGUUCCCACGACAUUAUCCCGCGAGUUCUGCCGCAGUACCAGGCGUGGACGGCGUCGUACGGCAAGGUGUUCCUGUCGUGGACGGGGUACACGCCGGCGCUCUGCGUCGGCGACUACGACAUGGUGAAGCAGAUCCUGUCCAACAAGUCUGGCCUGUACAACAAGCCGGACCCGGGGCCGAACAUCCUGGCCCUGCUGGGCAAAGGCCUCGUCUUCGCCGACGGCGACCUCUGGACGCGCCACCGCCACGUCGUGCACCCAGCCUUCACCAUGGACAAGCUCAAGAGGAUGGCCACGACGAUGGCGGAGUGUGCUGGGGAGGUUGUCGGCGCCUGGGAGGCGCGCGCGGCUGCGGCUAGCGGUGGUGUCGCGCGGGUGGAGAACAUCGGGCAGCAGUUCGUGGAGCUGACCGCCGACGUGAUCUCGCGCACGGCGUUCGGGAGCAGCUACAGGGAGGGAAAGGAGUUGUUCGUGGCGCAACGGGAGCUGCAGUACAUCGCAUUCACCAGCAUCAACAAGGUCCGCAUCCCGGGCCUCCAGUACCUCCCCACCAAGACCAACGUGCGGCGCUGGCAGCUGACAAAAAAAGUGCGAGGCACUCUCAUGGCGAUCAUCCGCGACCGGCAGGCCGCUGCCAAGGAAGCCAGGGGACGCGGAAACGACCUUCUCGGCCUGAUGCUGGAGGCCAACGCGUCGGCUGACGCCGGCGAGCAGAGGGCGGACAUGAGCAUGGACGAGAUCAUCGACGAGUGCAAGACUUUCUUCUUCGCGGGGCACGACACCACCUCGCACCUCCUCACCUGGGCCGUCUUCCUCCUCGGCACGCACCCCGAGUGGCAGCAGAAGCUCAGGGAAGAGGUCAUCCGGGAGUGUGGCGGCACGAAGGCGCCCAUACAUGGCGACGCCCUCAACAAGCUCAAAAUCGCGACGAUGGUGCUGUACGAGACUCUGAGGCUGUACGGCGCGGCGACCAUAAUCGCGAGGAAGGCGGCUGCAGACACAGAGCUCAGCGGUGUGAAGAUCCCCAAGGGCACCAUGACAAUGAUACCGAUUGCGAUGAUGCACCGCGACGAGGAGGUGUGGGGCGCGGACGCCGGCAAGUUCAACCCAGACCGGUUCCGGAACGGCGUGGGUAGGGCGGCCAAGCACCCGAGCGCGAUGCUGGGUUUCUCCGUCGGUCCGCGGUCGUGCAUCGGCCAGGACUUCGCGAUGCUGGAGGCCAAGGCCACGCUCGCCCUGAUCGUACGGCGGUUCGAGUUCGAGGUCGCGCCGGAGUAUGUGCACGCGCCGACCGACUUCGUGACGCUGCAGCCCAAGUGCGGGCUCCCAAUCCUACUCAAGCUCUUACAUCAGUAAAACAGAUGUGUUUUGAACUGCUACUGCUAGUAGGAGUACAAGAUACAUACAGUAAGUGAUAUGCUCACAGGUGGUUUUGUAUCUUGGAAAGUAAUUUUGGCAACUAGUAGUUGCUUGUGCACACCAUAUUUUAUCCCUUUGAUUUCGCAAAGGGAAAUGCUGGACAUCCCCCGGCCCCUGGGGAUCAAAUUCCACAUCACAGGGUCCCCGGCCAUUUGAUCCGGUGAUUUCUGUUGGUUUUGGCCGUCCGAUCAGAUCAUCGACCCUCCUUUCUCACUUUUGUUUCUAAUAAACGUACCAAUCUAGCAAAAACAAGAUUUUGUUUGUAAAAAAUCUGUCCACACCAAAAUAUCACAAAAUCUCAAUUUUACUUCCAUAAAAGCACACAUGCAGCAAAGCUAACGGCGAUUGUAGCAACAAAUGGUUCACCCACGAAAUAAAAGAAAACAUAGAACUCGAUGGUGAGCUCACUGGAGACCUUGCCGGAGA